AUGAAUGUCAAGGAGCUGCUUAACAUGGAUCCCAGUGAUGAACAGUGGACAAAGAUGUGGGAGAGCCUGUGGGAUUCCAACUGGAACUUGGAUGAGAAACCACCAGCUUUUAUCGUCGACCAACAGGUUCGCCAUGGCAUAGUAGCGGUGCUAUCACUCGCUCGUAUUGAGGAGGAAAAGCUUAGGCUCGCUCGAGAGGAACUUAACGCGUGCACCUGGAUUGUCCAAUCAGUAGACUUGUUGAUUCAGAUCACAGACGAUAUUCAUCCCCUGUUUAAAUAUCGAUGGCAACUCCGCCUAAAGUCGUUACUCAAAUGCCGUGAUACGAUCGUGAACGGACUGUUUCCUCAUGUCAAUCUAUGGCAUGCAUUGCCGCACUAUCUGCUAGCAAACCUAGAAUGUCCAGACUCCCAAGCUGCACCGAGAACCAACGGCAUAGACCCCAAAGAUGAUUCUCAAGUUAGAAAUGAGCUAAGCGCACUCAAUGGACUUAUCAGGAUGAGCCCAGAGCUGGGUGUAGCUGAUGAUGAUGAGCAUGUUGAGCCCUACCUGUCUACUGACAGUGGCAGUGGCCCAGGCGAUACUCUCGGCCCUGAGAUGCUGGUAAACCUUCCAGAUAGCGAACCUGAGACAUGGCCAGAUGAGACAAUGGACCCCACAGACAAUGUCGAAACACAUGCUGAGCCUCUUACCGACUUGGUCCCUCCUAGUGGGUUUGGAGAUGUGGAUAGUCCCAGCUGUGAUGAGGAUAUUGAGGAGAGGUUCUGGAAUGAGAACCCUCGUCCCCAAAGCCUUCCUCCAAUUAGAACAAUCUUUGAUGCCAUCCACUCACCCACCCAGUCUACCCAACAACAAAAGCCAACAAAAAUCUGGAAGGAAAUAACGGAGUUGCAUUUACCUCAAGAGACUGAAAAAAUAGUGAAUGACAGCAAGACCAGAGACAAAGCAAGAUAUUACAAACAUAUUGCGAUCUUCCCUGAUGCACUACCAACAGUCAAUCGCCGGCGGCUGAUACAUGGAGCAAUAAUCGAUGCCUAUGUUGAGAUGCUGAAAGACCUUACAGACGAAAAGCUGCAGGACAUACUCAAGACCACUCGUCCCCGUGUGAUUAUGUUUCCUACCCAGUGUGAAGGAAUGAGACAUUGUAUGGCAGUUCGCCUGUUGGAUCGAGCGACAAAGAAGGUCCGAACCGAUCUUUUUGAUGCAACCAGUUGGACGAUUCCGUGUUACUCAAGGAGGCAUGGUCACUGGCUGCUCGGUGUUGUCAACUUCGAACAAUGA